AUGCCGCACACACGACGUCCCAGGAAACCCGAUUCCAAACUUCAGCAGCAGAAACGCCUGCAAGUCACAGACGCAGACGGCUGGACGCACGUCACCACCAACAAAAACGUGCGACGGGCACUGCGCCCAAACCAGAGCGCCGACGGAGGCCAAUCGACAACUCCAGCGCUGCUCCCAGCCGAAGCUCCCUCGCAAUUGACCCUCGACGACCUUCAAACCCAGUUCAAUGGGUAUCGCGAGAGAUGGGAGGGGUCGGAGACUUGGCGCGUAAUGGCGGAUACACUCCGGAGGAGGUUCGAAGGGAGCAGUUCGAUCUCCGAUCCAGAUCCCCGCGCAACUCCGCUGGAGAACAUCGUCUGCAUUGGUCUUGGAAGCCCGAGCGGGUUUCUGCGAGGGGGUUGGGUAGAUCGCCGGAGUGUGUCGCUGUAUCAGCUCGCUGCGUUGGUGGGCGUAACGGGAUUGAUGAAGAAAUACUGUCCCUCGAUCAUCGCCUACGCCCAAGAUCCAGUCUUCAACCAGCUCGACCGGUCGCUCCUCAAUUCUCUCGGGAUCACCGUCCUCGAUCACCCCGAGGGGUUUGAAAAGGCCUCCAAUAGGUCAUUCCUGUAUUGUCCCGGUGCGGAGCGGACGCAUCUUGAGCAAUUGCUUGCUUCGGAUCCGCCGUUGCUCUUCGGGGGUCCCCUGGAGGGGAUCGAGUCCGAGGUUGUGGAUCGGUAUCUCGGCACGAGGGAGUCAGUGCGAGUUCCUACGUUUGAAACCAAUGAGCAUGCGUUUUGGAAUAUGCGCUUGUACCUUUUGAAGACGGACUGA